UGAACCGCAUGUCCGCCGUCGCCAACAUUACGCCAAGGCAGUUUCUAGCUCAUCUUGGCAACAACCACAUGCCUAUCGUCAAGCCCUGCGACGUCUUCAUAAACCACAGAGGCGUCGACACCAAGAAGACAGUGGCGGCGUUGCUGUACGACAGGCUCGUCCGAAUGAACCUCCGCCCGUUUCUAGACUACAAGAAUUUGAAGCCUGGAGAGAAGCUGUUCGAUGAAAUUCAUGGCGCCAUUAGACACUGCAAAGUUGGUGUGGCUGUGUUCUCGCCUCGCUAUUGUGAGUCUUACUUUUGCCUCCAUGAGUUGGCCAUGAUCAUCGAGUCCAACAAGAAGCUUAUUCCCAUCUUUUGUGAUAUCAAACCGUCUGAGCUUCGUAUUGAGGAUGACAAUGAUUAUGAAAUAGAUGAGCUUAGGCGGUUCAAUUGGGCUCUCCAACAAGCUAAGCAGUUUGAGUGCCUCAAAUUUAAUUCCUUUAAAGAGACAUUACCAGAAGUUGUGACGAAGAUAUCAAAUGUUGUGAUCAGAAAUUUGGCAAACUAAAUGUAGAGC